AUGUCAGAUGGGACCUAGGUUGAGCUGUUUGGCUACAAUGAAAAGCAUGUUUGGAGACAUCAAUGUGAGACUUUCAAAACUAAGAGCAAAGUGACUUCAUCCCAUCUCCAUUAACAGCAGCUUUCUUUCUCACCGCCCACCAAACGUCACAUCGGUGCUGUUCUGCUGUCAAAGAGGAAAUCAAGUUGGGUUUUCAGUCAGAUCAGACUCUCACAGGGUGAGCCACCUCACAAUUACUACAGCCCCUGAAGGCAGCAGCUGAUUCAAGCGCUCGGUGUGAAAGAGAAAAAAACAGACAGGGAGACUAUUUAGCCUUGUACCUCUGGCCUAGUAAGAUAAAGACCUAUGGGGGUUGUUUUAUCAUCAACUUCAGAAAGACUCCGCAGGGUUUUUGGGUGUUAAUAUUCUUUUUUAUAGUUUUUAUCCUGUACUGAGCUCUGGCUCGGUGUCACACAUGGCUCCCUGGGCGGUCUGGCUCCUGGUCGCGCUGUCCGCCGUCCUGAAGCUGCGCUCCUGCUGGGCUUAUACCUGCCCGGCCAUCUGCCUCUGCAGCAGAGACACGUUUGAGUGCAGCAGAGACACUCAGCUGGCCUCCAGGACCGCAGCAACAUCUGUGCUGCGACUAAGGCUCACCCAGCUGCCCUUGAAACAAGUUCCCACUCAUGCCUUCAAGGAGCUGAUUAACAUUACCAUAAUAGAGAUCUCCCAGAGCGACUGCAUCACACAUAUUCAGAAGCACGCCUUCUUCUCCCUCCACAGUCUGGCGCAGAUCUCAGUGCAGAAUAUCAACAGUCUGAGGGUUAUUGAAAGGGGUGCGUUCGCUGACCUGCCCAGGCUGGAAUAUUUGAGCAUCUCAAACACAGGCCUAACACACUUCCCAGACUUGACAACCAUAUCCACCAUGGCAACAAAUAUUAUCCUAGAAAUGGCAGACAACAUGAGGAUUGACAUCAUUCCUGCCAAUUCCUUCCUGGGCAUCACAAAGGACUACAUCGACAUGAACCUUGUUAGGAAUGGCUUUAAGGAAAUAAAAUCUUAUGCGUUCAACGGGACCAAGCUCAACACCUUAAUAUUGAGAGACAACAGGAACCUGCAUCUUAUUCAAGAAGAUGCUUUUGAAGGAGCCACAGGUCCAAGCUAUCUGGAUGUUUCGUCCACGGCUCUCAGUUCCCUCCCGAGUAAAGGCUUGAGUCAAGUGCGAUCUCUGAAAGCCACCUCUGCAUUCGCUCUCAAGAGCCUCCCACCGUUAGAAGGCCUCGCCGAGCUGCUGGAGGCUGAGCUCACUUACCCGAGCCACUGCUGCGCCUUCCACACAUGGCACAGGAAACAAAGGGAAAAUGCCUCAAGGAAGUUUUGUGAUCUCAGCGAAGCAGGAAUGGAACCCACUGAUGAUGGUAUGAAUCUCGUCAUCGACAUAAACUUUCAAUAUGCAGACCUUGAAUUUGGUUGCCACAGCAGCCCUUUUGUAAUGUGCACCCCAAGACCAGAUGCUUUUAACCCUUGUGAGGACCUGUUGGGCUUUCCCUUCCUGCGCUGCCUCACCUGGUUAAUCACGGUCUUCGCUGUGGCUGGUAACCUUGCCGUCCUGGUCAUCCUGCUCAUUAGCCACUACAAGCUGACCAUCUCAAGAUUUCUAAUGUGUAACCUGGCCUUUGCUGACCUGUGCAUGGGGCUCUACCUGAUGCUAAUUGCCUUCAUGGACUUCAACUCCCGUCAUGAGUACUACAACCACGCUACUAGCUGGCAGACGGGGCCUGGGUGCAGCACAGCUGGAUUUUUGACCGUGUUUGCCAGUGAGCUGUCUGUGUACACGCUGACUGUCAUCAGCAUUGAACGCUGGCACACUAUCACCAACGCCAUGCACAUCAACAAGAGACUGCGGCUACACCAUGUGGCGACAAUGAUGGCGGCGGGCUGGGGCUUCUCUGUGCUUGUUGCUUUGCUUCCCCUGGUGGGAGUAAGCAGUUACAGCAAAGUGAGCAUCUGCCUGCCCAUGGACAUCGACACUAUGGCCUCUCAGAUUUAUGUGAUGGCUGUUCUCAUCCUCAAUGUGGUCGCUUUCCUGGUCGUAGGAUUCUGCUACAUAUGCAUAUAUCUCAGCGUCCACAACCCGGAGCACUCCACCCGUCACGGCGACACGAAGAUUGCCAAGCGCAUGGCUGUACUUAUUUUCACAGACUUCCUGUGCAUGGCGCCAAUUUCCUUCUUUGCCAUCUCAGCCGCCCUGCGUAUGCCACUCAUUACUGUGUCCCACUCCAAAAUCCUGCUAAUUCUUUUUUAUCCCAUCAACUCCCUCUGCAACCCUUUCUUGUACACCAUCUUCACACGGGCCUUCAGGAAGGACGUGUGCCGGCUGCUGAGCCACUGUGGCUGCUGCGAUGCCAACUCUGAUUUCUACAGAUCACAGACUCUGGCGUCACAGCACACCUGCUCCGACAAAGUGGCCGACAAAAAACCUCAUUCGCUGAGCUUUUAUGCCUAUCACGUAAAGAUGAAGGGCUGCUUUCUAAGUAAGGGAGCUACAUGAUUGUCAGCAUACAGAUUGGGAACUCAGAGGCAACAUCUGCUUGCUAAAGUUGCAGCAUGUGAAUAUUAGGGUGAAGAGAUUGCUGGUGUUGUACAUUGCAAAUAUCUGAUAAAAUCUCAUCUGAUUUAUUUUGCAAACUGAGGAUUUCUUUCAUUUGAUCCAAAGGAUCUGAAGGUAAAGAAAGUCUGUUCCAUCCUCUUUGUCUCUAUGCUGUAAAUAUUGUACAAAGAAGCAGAUAGCGAAGAACAAAAAGUAGCUUGUUAAAGAUAUUUAAAGCAUAUCACUGUAUGGUUGUACUCUUGUAAAUUAUUGUUCAAUAAAACAUUUGAAGUGGA